AUGAUGGACUCGGAUGAUGAUGAUAUCUACCCUCAGCAUGAAGAGAGCAACGGUCAAAGAGCCCAGAGCGAGAUCAACAUGCAAGAUGCCGAUGAUGGCGAAGAAGAAGGGGAAGAAGUGGAGGAAGACGACAGUGAUGACGAUGUCGAUUUCAUCAUAGACGACAAAGAAGAACCCAAGCAAGAGGCUGAAUCACAUACAAAGCGACAACCUGCACUUGCACAGCUCGCUGCUGAAACGCGCAAAUCAUCCUCUACGCCGCAGCCCGCAUUCAAGCCAGGCACCCCGGCAGAAGCGAGAGCUGGCUCACAACAACCGAACGAGCGACCUGGCACAGAUUAUCCGGCGCGGCAUACCUCGAAACUUGAUGUUAAUGGUAAUCCAGUUCAUCCUGCCACGGGCAAGCCUAUCCUAGCUACCGACUUCGACACCGAUUUCACCGCCGAAUCUUCCAAACCGUGGCGGAAACCCGGUGCAGACCCUACCGACUACUUCAACUAUGGCUUCGACGAGUUUACAUGGGCUUCAUAUUGUUUGAAGCAACAAACAAUGCCUAAAGAGAUCAAGGAGAUCACACAGCAAGCGGACCAGAUGAAAGCCUUCGUUGAGGGAAUUCCUGGAGGUGGAAUGCCGGGGAUGCCUCCCAUGCCUUCUGCGCCAGGCGGAGAUAUGUCACAAAUGGCCAUGCCCAGUGAAGCACAGAUGCAGCAGAUGUUCGCUGCAAUGGCAUCUCAGGGCAUGGAUCCUUCCACUAUGGAUCCCUCUUCCUUCAUGCAAUUCAUGGCAGGAGGCGGUGGUGGUAUGAUGGGACAGCAACAGCCUCCCACAGGACCUUCUGCUGGGUUCUCGGGCAGUGGUAGCGGCGGUGGUGGAGGAGGUUAUGAUGGAGGCUUCAACCGGGGCGGUGGUGGAAGAGGCAAGGGUGGAAGGCGGAAUUGGUAG